CAUAUAAUUUAUCAUUAUAAUUUUAAUUAUUUAAGACCAGCAGAGUAAUAUUUUAGAUGUAGUUAAAAAAUAUUUCGCAACCGCACACAAUCAACAUGACAGCUUUACAAACAGCAACAUCUUUUUGCAUCAUUAUUAACUUAUUGUUGUGCAUUGUUCACUCUACUAACGCAAACGAAUUACUUCAAAACGAGGAAUUUCGUUUGUCAUCUUCAAUAUGGCCGGAAAAUUACAAAUUGGAACUUUUGGUUAUUUUAGACCCUUUGCCAGGUUACGAAAGGUUUACUGCUCCGGCUAAGAGCUGGACUACUGUGAACUCCAGUGAGCCUGUGUCAGUUAUCACAAUGCAUGCCAUCAAUUUGACAAUAAAUGAAAAUGCUGUCAAGGUAAAACAUUUAAUUUCUGGGAAUGACAUUCCGGUGACAAGCGUUUCUUAUCGAGAAGAAUUUCAUUUCGUGGACAUUGCACUGGGAGAGCCAACCGUGCCAUUACAACUUUACGAAAUUUAUAUUGAAUUUAUUACACCAAUUUCCGGAGACUCGUUAAAUGGGAUGUAUCAAGACUUUUAUGAGGAUAACAUUACAGGCCAGACGAGAUACAUUGCUACAACUUUGUUUGCACCUUUUCACGCCAGGCGAGCUUUCCCCUGUUUUGAUGAACCAUCUUUCCGAGCAACGUACGACAUCACACUUGGCCAUCACACAGAUUAUCACGCCAUGUCCAACAUGGAAAUUGUUGAGAGCCGCUUAAUUGAUAAUAUGACGGUUGACUGGCAGUGGGAUAUAUUUGCUCAAACGCCAUCCAUCUCUUCGUACAUUAUUGCAAUGAUAGUUUCUGACCUUGCGUAUGAAGAGGGUCCCGUCGAUGGUUUCAGAAAUGUGACCGUCCGAGUUUACGCCAAACCAGAGUCCAUACAAUCCGGGAGUGGGACUUACAGUGCAAAACUAAUUGGUGAUGUGAUGACUUACUUUGAAUCACUGUUUGAGAUACAAUACCCGAUUUCUAAACUCUUCUCUGUUGCCCUGCCUCAAUUCUUUUUCAACGCGAUGGAAAAUUGGGGGCUCAUAACAUACAAGGAGCCAGUCCUGUUAUAUUUGCCAAAUGAGACAACAGAAGCAGAACGCUACAGAAUCAACUAUGUUCUUUCGCAUGAAAAAGGUCACCAAUGGUUUGGGAAUCUCGUAGCUGUAGACUGGUGGGCGUACGUCUGGCUGAAGGAGGGUUUCGCCACAUAUUACAGUCAUUGGGGAAUGAACCACACGCAUCCCGAACUUGCGCCUUGGGCUAACUUUAUUUCCAAAGUUAUGUAUGUCGCAAUGAAUUUUGAUUCAUCGAAUGCCACACAUCCCUUGGAGAACUUCCCCCCAACGUCGGAUGCCGUGGCUGGGAUAUACACACGCAUCCCGUAUGAAAAAGGUGCGUCAAUCCUCAGGAUGGCGAAUUCUAUGUUCACCGAAUCUGUCUUUUUGGCUGGGAUACGAGCAUACGUUCGAAACUUCGCAUAUAAAAGUGCCGUGCAAGAUGAUGUUUAUGAACAGUUGCAAGAAAGUCUGAAUAAUUCUCCGCUAAUCUCUUCGCUACUCCCAACCACGGUUAAAGUUAUUAUGGACUCCUGGACGAGGAAAGCGGGGUUCCCAGUGUUAACUGUGUCCGCUCCCAGUUCAAGCGUCUUGCAAAUUACUCAAAGAAAGUACAUUGAUGGGGACGAGAGUAACCCGGAUGCCACGUGGUGGGUGCCUGUAUACUUGUCCCCUCGACCCAAUCUAACGCUACCAGACCAAUUUCCUGACGCUUGGAUUGCACAAGAUACCACAAGUGUUUCCGUAAAUAUUGACACGGACCAAGUUGUUCUUGUCAAUCCUUGGGGCGUUGGGUACUACCGUGUGUUGUACGAAACUCGGUCAUUAGAACAAAUUGUUCAACAACUCAACGUAAAUCAUGAACUGAUUCCUCCAACAUCUAGAAGUAAAUUACUGAAUGAUUAUGCCAAUUUUGUCUUGACAGGUUAUGCCGAAGCUGAAAUACUCAUUAGAAUGUCGUCAUAUCUGGAGCAAGAGUUGGACUUCUUGGUUUGGGAUGGCCUAUACUCAACUCUGGAAACAAUUUCAAAUCUUCUCGAAAACACGCCAGUUGUACAAGGAAAGUUUAAAGAAUACUUUGGUCACAAAGCGUACAAAGCUUUGACAUUUCUUGAAGAAAAAUACACAAUUGAUGAAUUAGAAGUUGGAGCAAAUUCAAUGUUGAGGUCAUUGUUGCUGAAAUUCGCGUGCGAGUUUGGAGAACAAGAAUGCAUCUACAGAUCUAAGCAAUUGUUUAACGACUGGGAUGCCACAAAAAAGAUCCCAUUAUCAACACAAGAAGCAGUGUUCUGUACAGCAAUCAGCCAGGACAAUGAUGGUAAAGUUUGGCAACAAAUCUACAACAUUUUGACGAGCCCGGAACAUAAGCGCCGUUUCAGUCCCACAAACUCACGACUUAUCAAAUCCUUAGGAUGCUCAAUUAAGAAGGAUCGCUUGGAAAUGCUCGUCAAUGAAAUUAAACAGCGUACCUUCAUGGUACAAGACGAAGUGGAAGUACUCUUAAAAAUGGCGAAAACAGAUGUGGGGACUCGGGUUUUAUUGGAGGAGUUGGGCAGUCAUACCGAACUUGUAACCAUAUUCCAAAACAAACAAGAUUGGUGGACUUUUAUGGAUGUGAUAUCGUCACACUUGGCAAGUGAUGACGACGCUGCAAUGCUGAAAAAAAUUGCUGAAACCUUACCUUCUGAAAUGAGAAUCAAGGUUGAGGAUGUCAUUUAUGGAAUCGACAAGAAUAAAUCUGGCAGUAUAGUCAACUCGUUGGUGCAAGCUUUCCAAAAUGCCGAAAUGUAACAUGUUCAUCAAUCACGUGAAUGAAAUUUUAGAUAAAUUCAAUGUAAUGACAUUAGCUUAAAAUGAAUGUUCAUUAAAAUUAGUAUACAUUUGCAAUCUACACGA